AUGUAUCCGCGUCCCUCAAUCCUUUCACAGUUCCCUUAUCAGAUUCGUAUGGAGAGAAAUCACUAUCACAUCGGUCAGAAAGCCUACCAAAAAAGCACUACAAAGGCACAGGCAUAUGUUGAAGAGAUUACAUUUAAAGACUGCAGAUUUAAAGAACAUUCUCCAAAGGAGUAUGAGUCAUUACAGGAGCUCAAGUCCAUCACAUACGGAAAGGGAUGUUCCAAACUGACCCACCCUAUCAACCAGAUCAAGGCUUACAGCUCCAUCAUCACUAGCUUUCACUUAGGUGAGCGUAUUUGGGCUUCGCGCGAGCCCUGGAAGUCUUUACUGGAAUGCACUAACCUCUACCACUUGGAAGUUUAUCGUAAAUAUAUUAGAGCUUUUGUUGAUCUAUUCUUUCAGGUCUGCAAGAAGGCAUGUGCAGACAACAAAGAAGACAACAACUGUUUGCUCACAUACAUUUUUUUCACUAUUGGUAUCCCUGUAUGCCUUUUAAGCACAAUAAUGCAAUGCUGUGCAUGGAAGAUAGGGCCUUGA